AUGCCUGGGUCGUGGUACUACGGUCCGAGUCCCCCUGGGAUGCUGGUGAUCGUGUUAGUAAUAUUGCUCGUCGGCAACCCUGCCCCGGGGGUCCUGGGGUUAAGGACGACCUCGGGCUCACCGUGUUCCGAUAUCUGCAACAAGGAAUCCACCAACACGACGGCGUCGGAAAUCGUCUGUCUGGACACCGACUUCGACAAGGGCAAGGGCAAGACCUUCGAGGAUUGCGUCACUUGCCUGUUGAAGAGCUCUUUUGUGGACCGACCCAGCGGUGAGACAGAUGUAAACUGGGGUCUCUAUAACUUACGCUACGCAUUUACAAGCUGCGUAUUCGGGUAUCCGGCGACAGCAGCGAAUAUCUCCACGCCUUGCACAGUCGGCUGUCAGAGUAUCGAAAGCGCGGUAGUAGACGAUAUCACCAUCCCCAGCGCGAGCAAUUUCGACAAUUGGUGCUCGGCAACUGGCUUUGCCGACAAUGUCAUCAAUGACUGCGAGUUCUGCUACAACCUGACGUACCAGCAGGUGAACCCGCAGGUCUAUAUGGCGAACUUCCUCGAAUCCAUCCGGUACAAUUGCCACUUCAGCACCGGGAUUGGCCUUGCAUUUGACAUCGCCCCAUCGCGCAUCUUCACCGAGACCCUCCUCCCCUCGAGCAUGUCGCUCUCCACUUCCACUUCGACCAGUGGAUCGGGCGUGAAUCUAGGCGUGGUCAUUGGCCUGCCUAUCAUGGGUUUCUUCAUCAUCCUUUGCAGUCUGGGGGCGUGCUGCUUCUUCUUCAUCCGCUGGCAGCGCAAGCGCGUCGGCCGCGGCCGUUACCAGGAUCAUCUGUACGCCCGCUGGAACGACACCUCCAUCAGCACGCCCCAGCAGGCCCAGGGCGGCUGGGGCUCUCCGCAGCAGAUGCAUGCCGCCGGGUAUGGUGCGUACGACCCCGGGUACGGCCCCGGCUUUGGCUUCACGGACAACGACGGGCAAAGCCGCGAGGUGGGAUAUGGCCAUGACUAUUCCCAGUUCGCGUAUUCGCCCGCGAUCACCGAGUCAUCCCCGUCCACUCAGUUUGCCACGCCGCAGGUCGGCGGGUAUGGCUUCUUCGAGCCGGAUCGGAAACAGCCGUACGCGGAGGAGAUCACUCAAUCGCCCCCGCCGCCCCAGCCGUAUGUCUCACCGCAUAUGGGGCAGGACUACUUCGAGCCGGAUCGGAAGCAGCCCUUUUAA